CGAGAGCAGAGCGCACCAGCAGCCAGAAGCUGCAAAGAAACACCAGUCAUGAUCUUUCAUAGUUUUUAGUUUUUGGGGGUCAUGGCUAAACAGUACGACAUUCUGUUCAGGCUGCUCAUUCUCGGAGACUCCGGGGUUGGAAAGACUUGCAUGUUGCGCAGGUUCACGGACAAUGAAUUUGAUCCUUCACAUAUUUCCACAAUCGGAGUUGAUUUUAAAAUGAAAACACUGGAGAUUGAUGGAACCAAAGUGCGGGUACAGAUUUGGGAUACAGCCGGUCAGGAACGUUAUCAGACCAUUACUAAACAGUAUUACAGGCGAGCACAGGGCAUCGUAUUUGUGUAUGACAUCACAAAUGAGCCGUCCUUUCAGCACAUAGCGAAGUGGGCCAGUGAUGUGGAUGAAUUUGCCCCAAACAAGGUGCAGAUGAUCUUGGUUGGAAACAAGGCUGAUGAUGAGCUCAGGAGACAAGUGAUGACGGAUCAAGGAAGCAAGUUAGCUGAAACCUUUGGGAUGGAGUUCUUUGAGACCAGCGCUUCCACUAGCAACAACAUCAGUGAGGCAUUUAUCCGUGUGACACAACUGGUGUUGCAGGCUCACAAGAGAGAUGUGGAUAACCUGUUGGGAUCUCUAGAUGACUAUUUGGAUAAGGCUGCUCUGGGGGAAGAGACGGAGAGUCAAGAUAAUGAUGCUCAGAGGACUUGUGGCUGUUAGAAGGCUCUCAUGAUGCAAUGGCUUGUAGUUUAAAGACAUGUGAAUUCAGCCUUCCUCCACCUUCUUGAAAGAUAAGACUUGUUGAACAAAGGGGAUUGUUGGAUUGUCUUGGAUUGUUUUCACUUCUUGAAAUCACAUGUUGGCUAUGCAGUUGGCUGCAGCUGCCAGCAGAGGGCCAGUUUAGUGGCACUAAUCACCAAAUCCAUACACACAAGAUCUUCCUUGUCUUGGAAAUGCAGAUCUGUACCAAACAUAUGUAUCAUCAGUUUACUAAAUUCAGCCAAUAUUCUGUUUCCUGGUUCUAAUAUUAUGUAGUUGGUUCUCAGGUGUAGAUUCAUAUCAGUAAAUCUUUGCAUUGAGGUGACAGUGGCAGGAAGAGACAACAACUUAGUCAGCAGGGCACAUAGAUGAAUUAUUUAGCUCUGGAAAUUCAAACGAUGCUGAGAUGGAUCAUUUACACAGUGGGCUUUUUUCCUCAGACAUAAUAUUGUGCCAUACUAGGUGAUCUGUCUAUGUGUAGAAAUCCUAAGUGCUUAUUCUAAAUAUGCUUUCAUUAUUUUUAUUUUAAAAAAUGUGGCUAUUUGUUUUGUGCACUAGAAAGUGUUGGUGCUAUUACAACAUAUUCAGGGUUUGCUGGGGUGCAAUAGAUGUAUGAUUUUAAGAUGAUGCUUCCAGGUUCCAGUAAAAAUUUAAAGCAAAUAUAAGCUAUGAAGUUAAAUAAAAAUAUAUUUAAAUUGAAUGAAAUGGGGAUUUGAUCCGUGCUGAGUCACGGCAUUAGGAAUGAGGGAGUGAAGGUGCACAGAGAGUUCAGACAGUAGUCAUUCAUUUUUCACCACAUACUGUGACACACAGGUGAUCACUGUUGAAAUUUUGAUGACUGAGAAAACUGAUACAUGUCAGAGAUACUAAGGAGGCAUUGCUAGUAACACCUACCAACUUUGUUUUAAAUAAGUAUUUACAAUAAAAGAUACAAUAAAGAUAAUGAAUGUUGUGAAAGAUUUAAAAUUUUAAGAAAACAUAAAUAGCCUUUGCUAAAAUACUAACUGGUGCAAUACAAUUUGUGAGUCUUUACAAUUAGAUGCAUCCCUCUAUCUGAAACUUGUAAAGAGUAUAGUAUGUCAAGUGGAGAUCGGUUUCCUGCAGGGUUAUCUGAUACACCUUAUAGGCAACUUUCAGC